UUAUUUUUGCAAUAUAUUUCUUCUUUGUUGUAAAAAUCCUAUUUCUGAAAGUUGCUUAAAGAAAUGCUUCUUUUUGUUUCAGGGACAAAGCCUCCAGAAAUGGCUGAUACCUUAAACCCCCUUGCUCCGAGCUUGAAUGACACCACCAAUUCUUUGGGACUGAUGAAUAGACUAAGGAUGAGGUUUAAAAGAGCUGCACCGCCUCGACCGCCUGGAGAUGGAUAUGUCGAAUUCGGCGAGUUUAGAACGGAGCGGCCAGGCGUCAAGAAAGUUGGCACCUUCGCCGGAGUCUUCUGUCCCGUUGUACUCUCUAUGUUCAGUGCCCUCAUCUUUAUACGGAUGGGUUACCUAGUAGGAAAUGCAGGGCUUUUAGUGACUUUAGGACAAUUUGGACUCGCAUACCUGAUAGUGGGUUUUACAGUGAUGUCGAUUUGUGCUAUAUCCACCAACGGUGCCGUUGAGGGUGGGGGCGUGUAUUUCAUGAUAAGCAGAACAUUAGGUCCGGAGUUCGGCGGGGCGAUCGGAACAUUGUUUUUCUUCGCUAAUGUAGUUUCGAGUGCUCUCUGCAUUUCCGCUUGUACUGAAGCUCUCGUCGAGAAUUUCGGGCCCAAUGGCUACCUGAUAUCGGAAGGUAGUCCUGGUUUGCCGGACGGCUACUGGUACCGGUUCUUGUACCGCUCGGCUCUGAAUGGAGCGGGGUUGAGCGUGUCUCUAGCUGGGGCCUCAUUGUUCGCCCGGACUAGCCUCGCUAUCUGGGUCACCACUGUGGUUUGUCUCUUCAGUGCCUUCCUGAGCUUUUUCAUCACCUCGCCUGGAUUGAUAGAAAAGCCGGACACAAAUCACUUGGUGAACGAAACUAACUUCACAUACACUGGACUGAGUUCUGCCACGCUCCGUAGUAAUCUGUACCCACAAUACGCGAGAGACUACAGUACUACGGACGGGGAAAUGGUCGACUUCGCUUCUGUGUUCGGAGUACUGUUCACCGGUGUCACUGGAGUCAUGGCGGGUGCUAAUAUGAGCGGAGAGCUAAGGAGCCCGUCGCGCAGCAUCCCGCGCGGCACGCUGGCGGCGCUGCUGUUCACGGGCCUGUCGUACGGCGCGCUGGCCGUGCUCACGGCGGCCAGCUGCUCGCGCGAGCUGCUGGCCAACAACUACGUCUACCUGCUGCCCGUCGACGUGUGGCCGCCGUUCAUUGCCGUCGGUAUGUUAACAGCGACGUUUUCAGCGGGAUUAUCAAACUUGAUCGGUGCUUCAAGAGUGCUAGAAGCGUUAGCUAAAGACAAUAUAUUUGGUUUCAUACUGCGUCCGAUGGUCUCUCAAUCUGGUAAUCCAGUAUUAGCUGUGAUCGCUUCGUGGUUGUUGGUGCAAGUCGGCAUCAUGGCUGGCUCUCUGAACACCAUUGCUCAGGUGAAUUCGGUACUAUUUAUGACAAGUUACUUCGCAAUAAACCUCGCCUGUUUAGGUCUGGAUCUCGCGUCAGCUCCAAACUUCAGGCCAACCUUCCGCCACUUCUCAUGGCUGACAUCGCUGCUGGGGCUUCUGGGUUGCGCUGCGCUGGUGUUCUCGCUGCGGCCGGCGUACGCGUGCGGCGUGGCGCUCGCCUGCUGCUCGCUGGUGCUGGCGCUGCACCUGCUGUCGCCCGCCGCCGCCGAGCCCAAGUGGGGCAGCCUCAGCCAGGCGCUCAUCUUCCACCAGGUCCGCAAAUACCUGCUCCUUCUGGACCCUCGUCGGGAGCACGUGAAGUUCUGGCGCCCUCAGAUGUUGCUUCUCAUAGGUUCUCCGAGACAGGCCGCGCCACUUAUUGACUUCGUUAAUGACCAGAAAAAGGGCGGUCUGUUCGUAAUCGGUCAUGUCAGGGUUGGCCAGUUAAACGGAAGCGGGGACCCUUUGGCUGAUGAACAAAAAUAUUGGUUGAAACUGAUCGACCAUUUAAAAGUAAAAGCAUUCGUCGAACUAUGUCUAGCGGAGUCCAUACGAUCUGGGGCUGCACAUCUCACUCGUCUGUCAGGUCUGGGAGCUAUGAAGCCGGAUACAGUGCUGCUGGGAUUCAGGGAUACUGCAAACCCGAAGGAUUUCUUUAGAGAUCCAACGUCUCCGUACAAAACCCAAGAGUUCGACCUCGACAACGGCGAGAUAGUGUUCCCUACGCGAACGUCGUUCUCACCUCGAAUGUCGGCGUCUGAGUACGUGCGGAUAGUUUCAGAUGUACUCUGUGUCAAUAAGAAUGUUUGUCUGUGUCGACAUUUCCACAAAUUGGACAUGGCGGCAGUUGAACGGAGAUCGGUCGCUCUGAAGUAUAUCGACGUGUGGCUGGUGGAGCUGAUGGUGCCGUCCCGCGAGGAGCCCUUCACGGUGCGCGCGCUGUUCGCUCUCCAGCUCGCCGCCGUCGUGCGCUCGGCGCGCGGCUGGCAGCACCUGCGCCUGCGCGUGCACGUCGUCGCCGCGCACGGUCAGUGUACAGUGUAGAGUGUAGACACUGAGUCGGUGCCGGACGCUGGACUACCCUCGCUGACCCCCGGCCGGCCGACGCAGCAGCGACUUGAAGAGUUACUUAAAUUAUUACGCAUCAGCGCUUCCACACACAUCGUAAAUGAUUGGCCGAAGCUAGGUGAGGACUUCUAUCGAAGCUCGGACACGAGUUUAGACGAAAACAGCAUAUAUCGGCGAGUGCCGAUGGGCUAUUUACAAAGAGUGAACAGGAUAAUCAAAUCUCGCUGCGAGGAAGGUACGGCAGUGACGUUUGUUCAGCUGCCACAGCCUCCCAAACUGUCUCCCACUCCGACCGAAGAUGAGGCUAUCUGCGACCAUUAUUUGGCGGUAUUAGACGAGUUUACAAGGGAUCUCUCCCCGACGAUACUUGUACGUGGAUUAAAGUCUGUCACCUCGACCUCACUGUGAGCAGACUACUAAAGAAAAAGAAAAAUUAAAGUCGGAUUGAUAUAUUCAGAAAACUGUUCGUUUUGCAAACGAUCCGUUAAAUUUCGAAUAAGACGUUUUAUAAAUUAAAUUACCAAAACGAAUCGUUUUUUUGGUAUAGCAAUCCGACGGUAGUUGCCCGAAAUAUUGCUGAAAGAUUGGGCACCAAUGUAUGUAACUCUAAGUUAAUAGUUAAAAAGUCUGGAUCUGUUGGGUUAGAAUUAUUGAUGUACCAAAUUUAAUUAUUAUUGUAGAAAACAUAGGGUGCAAGUGGGAUAUACCUUCUAAAAUGUAUAUGUAUUGUAAUGUGUGGUACAUAAGAGUUAUAUAAAUGUUAGAUAAUGUGUGACAAAUCUUUGUGCAUAGUUCUGAAAAGUAAAAAAUCCAGACAAUUAAGUACUGAAUGUAUCUUCUCGGUGUUCUGAUUUGUCUAAAAACUUUUGUCAAUUAUUACUAAUCUUUGUCCAGAAAUUCAAAUAAAACUUGGGUGACCUAGAGUCUGAA